GAUGACGUCGCCAACGGGUCAUUUCGGUCAUUUCCUCCUCCUCUCUUCGUCGUGUUCCUUUAAAACCAUCUCCGAGAAGGAAGAGGGUUGAAUUUUACCUUUUGUAAUCCCAUUCUGGAACAUGCGGUAUAUUUUAUUGCUGGAAUUGACUGUCAUUGCCAAGAGGAGGCUCCCUUAGGAUCCCAGUCCGACUGCAGCCACCAUGAGGUGACGAUUGUGACACCUUGUGCUUCACCUCACUGGGACACAUGGCAAGGAUCACGCUGUCCUGCUUGCCAGCCUCCUGGUACUGCAGCGUGUCCUUGCUGUCUCUGAACUGUGCUACCAAGCAGAGGCUUCUCUUCCUGCUGCUGCUGUUCAUCACCUCCGUUCUCCUGCUGGCCACCUACCAGAGGCAGCUGUGGGGCCCCCAGCGCCGGCCAGGGGCCCGAGUCAACAAGUACCUCUCCCUUCAAGAGUCCAUGGAGGCCACCGAUAUCCUCAACUCUGCUCUGAAUUAUGGGAUUGUGGUGGACUGCGGCAGCAGCGGGUCCAGGGUGUUUGUGUACUACUGGCCCCCACACAACGGGAACCCCCACACCCUGCUGGACAUCAGGCAGAUGAGGGACAGCGACAGCAAACCUGUUGUCAAAAAGAUUAAACCUGGUAUUUCCACUCUGGCAAACACACCAACAAAAGCCAGUGACUACCUGGAGCCUCUCCUCAGCUUUGCUGCUGCUCACGUCCCAGAAAGCAAACAUAAAGAGACGCCGCUCUACAUCCUCUGCACUGCUGGCAUGCGGCUGCUGCCUGAGAGCCAGCAGGCGGCCAUCUUGGAGGACCUAGUCAUGGACGUUCCCCUGGAGUUUGACUUCCUGUUUUCCCGUUCACACGCUGAGGUCAUCUCUGGGAAACAGGAAGGAGUGUAUGCAUGGAUCGGCAUUAAUUUUGUCCUCGGUCGCUUUGAUCAUCCUGAUGAGGAGGAUGCAACAGUUGAGGUGACAACUGGGUCGGAAAACCAGCCGCCAAUCAGCAGGCGCCGCACAGUGGGCAUCAUGGAUAUGGGCGGAGCCUCGCUUCAGAUCGCCUAUGAGGUGCCCGGCGCCAUCACCUUCAGCUCGCCACAAGAAGAGGAGGCAGGAAAGAGCGUUCUCGCUGAGUUUAACCUCGGCUGCGAUGUUGAGCAAACGCAGCAUGUUUACAGAGUUUAUGUCACCACGUUCCUGGGCUUCGGAAGCAACAUGGCCAGGCAGCGCUACGAGGACCAGCUGGCCAACAGCACAAUUUCCAAAAACAGGUUUCUAACCACAGAGACGGGCCUGAGUGAGGAGAAGCCCUACCUGGACCCCUGUCUUCCAGUUAGCAUGUCUGACACCAUCACCCGGGGCAACCACACCGUGUACCUGCGGGGCCGGGGGGACUGGAGUCAGUGUCAGGAGGCUGUACGACCCUUCCUGGGCCUCCACAACGGCACCAUGUCUCCACAGGGGAUCUACCAGGCUCCCAUCAACUUCAGCAACAGUGAGUUUUACGGUUUCUCUGAGUUCUUCUACUGCAUGGAGGACGUGCUGAGGAUCGGCGGACAGUAUAACAGCGUCAAAUACGCUCAGGCUGCAAAGGAGUACUGCACCACCAAGUGGUCAACCUUGAAACAGCGUCUCGACAAUCAGCUUUUCUCCCAGCAGGCAGACAUCAGCAGGUUGAAGUAUCAGUGCUUCAAGUCAGCCUGGAUGUAUGAAGUCCUGCACUCCGGUUUCCGUUUCCCCUCCGACUACAGCAGCCUGAAAACGGCGCAGCUCGUUUACGACAAGGAGGUGCAGUGGACUCUGGGGGCCAUCUUGUUCAAGACGCGCUUCCUGCCUCUCAGGGAUCUGCAGCAGGAGUCGCUGCGGCAGGGCCACCCCGGCUGGCUGCGGCCCUCCUUCGUCUACAACCACCACCUGUUCUCACUCUGCCUCCUGGUGGUGGUUCUGGCCAUCCUGCUCUACAUCCUGCGCCUGCGGAGGAUCCACCAGCGGGAGCUGCGGCAGGUGGAGGUGCUGGAUCUCCUCUGGGUCGAGGAGGGAGAGGCGCUGCUGCCCUGAGAGAGACUCGGCGCGCCGCAGCGCUCUGAACUCAGUGUGAGUGUCGAGGAAAAUGUGACGGGACGGUGUUGGUCCAAAACCCAAUGAGCCAAGAGACCAAACUCACCCGGAUAUUCAGAUUUUUGAUCGUGCAGCUGUGCAAAUGUUGUCCAGAUCCACUUUCUUCUCCUGCAUAAACAGAAUCACCUGAACGGCUGCAUCAGAGUCACAUUUAGAGUUUUUUCCUCUUUUUGAUUCUCAUAUUCCUUUCAAAAACAGGACAAGUAUUUAGAAACGUGGCUUUGGUACGA